UAGACAAGAGGCACAACGAGCGUUUUUAUUUGAUGUAAACAUGGUUUCAAUGAUUACUAAGACAUCUCACCUACGUUGUAUCCUAAGAACAGGAACAUGUUUAACUUUGAAUUGGACAAAGACAUCAUUUGGAUCAGAAAGAAGGUAUGCCUCCAAAAGUGAGGGAGACAGCAGGACGCCCAAAAUAUACACUAAAACUGGCGAUAAAGGUUUCUCUAGCACUUACACUGGAGAGAGAAGACCCAAGGAAGAUCAUGUGUUUGAAGCAUUGGGAACAACAGAUGAGCUGUCAUCAGCAAUAGGCUUGGCCAGAGAGUUUUGCAUCGACAAAGGCCAUACAUUCACAGAUCAGCUGGACAAGAUUCAGUGUGUCUUACAAGAUGUGGGUUCCAACAUUGCCACACCUCGAUCAUCUGCAAGAGAAAGUCAUAUAAAGAAAACCAAGUUCAGUUCCCAGCCAGUGAUAGACCUGGAAAGCUGGAUCGACGCAUUCACAGAGGAGCUGCCACCACUGACAAAUUUUAUAUUACCUUCUGGAGGAAAGAGCAGUGCGGCCCUCCACAUAGCACGGGCCGUGUGUCGCCGAGCAGAACGCAGCGUUUCCCCUAUAGUGCGGUCAGGUGAGGCCGAUCCUGAUGUUGCCACAUUUUUGAACAGAUUGAGCGACUACCUGUUUACAGUGGCCAGGUACACAGCCAUGAAAGAAGGUAACAAGGAGACAAUCUACAAAAGACCUGAGUGACACAUCUACACAUGAAUGAACAGACUGGGGACCUUUUGUGAAACAACAUUUAUUCUGUUUCAAGGUUGAAUUCGUCAUUGGCAUUGGUUUAUGUGAAAGACAGAUUGAUGAUUGAAGUUUGAAUAUCUCGUAAUGGAACAUUCCAAAUAAAGACUUGAAUCCAAGUUGGACUAGAGGCGAAA